AUGUCUGGGUGUUGGCAGAGAGUUGUUGCUGUGCCGAGGUGUUGGCAGAGAGCUGGCGUUGUGUCUGAGUGUUGGCAGAGAGUUGUUGCUGUGCUGAGGUGUUGGCAGAGAGCUGGCGUUGAAGAUGAGUGUUGGCAGAGAGUUGGCGUUGAAGAGGAGUGUUGGCAGAGAGUUGUUGCUGUGGAAGAGAGUUGGCAGAGAGUUGUUGCUGUGGAAGAGAGUUGGCAGAGAGCUGGCGUUGUGGGGGAGUGUUGGCAGAGAGUUGUUGCUGUGCCAAGGUGUUGGCAGAGAGUUGUUGCUGUGCCGAAGUGUUGGCAGAUAGCUGGUGCUGAAGAGGGGUGUUGGCAGAGAACUGGCGUUGUGUCUGGGUGUUGGCAGAGAACUGGCGUUGUGUCUGGGUGUUGGCAGAGAGCUGGCGUUGUGUCUGGGUGUUGGCACAGAGUUGUUGCUGUGCCUAGGUGUUGGCAGAGAGCUGGCGUUGAAGAUGAGUGUUGGCAGAGAGUUGGCGUUGAAGAUGAGUGUUGGCAGAGAGUUGGCGUUGAAGAAGAGUGUUGGCAGAGAGUUGUUGCUGUGGAAGAGAGUUGGCAGAGAGUUGUUGCUGUGGAAGAGAGUUGGCAGAGAGCUGGCGUUGUGGGGGAGUGUUGGCAGAGAGUUGUUGCUGUGCCAAGGUGUUGGCAGAGAGUUGUUGCUGUGCCGAAGUGUUGGCAGAUAGCUGGCGCUGAAGAGGGGUGUUGGCAGAGAACUGGCGUUGAAGAUGAGUGUUGGCAGAGAACUGGCGUUGUGUCUGGGUGUUGGCACAGAGUUGUUGCUGUGCCGAGGUGUUGGCAGAGAGCUGGCGUUGAAGAUGAGUGUUGGCAGAGAGCUGGCGUUGUGUCUGGGUGUUGGCAGAGAGUUGUUGCUGUGGAAGAGAGUUGGCAGAGAGCUGGCGUUGUGGGGGAGUGUUGGCAGAGAGCUGGCGUUGAAGAUGAGUGUUGGCAGAGAGCUGGCGUUGAAGAUGAGUGUUGGCAGAGAGUUGGCGUUGAAGAGGAGUGUUGGCAGAGAGUUGUUGCUGUGGAAGAGAGUUGGCAGAGAGUUGUUGCUGUGGAAGAGAGUUGGCAG